AUGUCCAUCGGGGAUGACUGCCUUGGUGGCUUCGGCGUGUUUGGUUUCCGCGAGGCUGCUUGGGGGCCGGACGUGGUUGGCGACUCCGAGGUUCAAGCUCCAUUGCCUGAGUAUCUGAGCCAUCGGCGUGGCGAGGCGAGCUUCUGUGACAUUGCCUCCUUCCAGGCCAAGGACGCCGAAGCCCUGCAAGAUCGCGCCUGGUCCUUGCGGCCCUUCGUCAUACGACAAGAUCCGCGGAUUCUGGAGCGUCAGCCGGCGCUGACCCAGGAAGCGCUGCUGCGAGCUGCCGAGACUGGCGCAACAGUUCGAGUGGGCUACUCCUGGAGCAUUGCGCAAAACAGAGGCGAAGGGCCCAGAGAAAUUCCGUUGAAAGACUAUCUUCAGAGCGAGAUGGACCAAGGCAUCUACGAUGACGCAGAGUUCCUGGAGCCCAGCUAUGCCUUUGACAUGGGCAUAAAGCUCGAUGGGAUGCCCGGCGGCGAGGACAUCCACCCUGCCAUAUGCUCAUGGAACGAGUCGGCUUUCUCCGUGCCCGACACGGCCGGUGCAGUGCACAUGCUCGGUGGGCCAAGGAGCGCCGUCGGCUGGCACACGCACGGUGCCAGCGUGCAGAUGACUGUGCAUGGACGGAAGCGAUGGUUCCUAUAUCCGCCCGGACACUAUCCACCCGGUGAUGGCCCUGGGGGCGGCUUCUCACUGACGGAUUGGCUCCAGCUGGUCUAUCCCACGCUGGAGCCGGCAGAAAGGCCCCUGGAGUUCACCCUUGAAGCCGGAGAUUCGGCCUACAUCCCAGAUGGGUGGUACCACGCCGUGGUGAACCUGGAAGACUCAGUGGCCGUGAGCAUCCAAAGCAAAGAGCUCACACCAGAGCCACAGCAGUUCUUCAAGGGUGUCUCCAUGGGCGCCGUCUCCGAGGUCUGGAAGGAGCAGCCGGGGAGCGUUGAGGAGCUGGCCACUGCUGCCAGGUCUUUCUUGAGCCAAGGUGCCAAGAACGAUCUCCACGCCCGCCGGGUACUCUUCUACUGCCUGACGCAGAUGGAUCCGGAGGAGGCGGUAGAGGUGAUCUUGGAGGGCACGAGAAGGGAUCCCUUCCACGUGCCCACCCAGUUCGAGCUGGCAUCCUGGCUGGCCAACCGCAUCAAAGCCGGUGAGGCAGCAGCGUUGGAUACCUUUCGCCGCGUGAUGCACCUGUGGGAGCCGAAUCUGGUCGCCAACACCAGAAAUCAGAAGGCCUUGUGGAUACUGAACAAGUUCCACCGGGCCCUUGGGGACGAAGAGACGGCGGAUCGCUACUUCGACCGUCUCGUGAAGCUGAACAAGCUGGGGAUCGACCGUUAA